CGCCCUUGCUCUGUCUCCUGCCUCAGCUGUGACUUUGCCUCGAUAAAGGCUCUGCUUUCCUUCCUUGCAGACAGCCCGUCGGCUCCAGUAAACGUCACAGUCAAACACCUGAAAGCCAACUCAGCCGUUGUGACUUGGGAUGUUCUGGAGGACGAAGUUGUCAUUGGAUUUGCAAUUUCCCAACAGAAGAAGGAUGUGCGGAUGCUGCGCUUCAUCCAGGAGGUGAACACCACCACCCGCUCCUGCGCCCUCUGGGACCUAGAGGAGGACACUGAGUACAUAGUGCAUGUCCAGGCCAUCAGCAUCCAAGGCCAGAGCCCUGCCAGUGAGCCAGUCCUCUUCAAGACCCCCAGAGAAGCUGAGAAACUAGCCUCUAAAAAUAAAGAUGAGGUGACAAUGAAGGAGAUGGCGAAGAAAAACCAACAACUGCGAGCAGGGGAAAUUCUCAUCAUUGUUGUGGUGUUGUUUAUGUGGGCAGGGGUGAUCGCCCUGUUUUGCAGACAGUAUGAUAUCAUCAAAGAUAAUGAACCAAAUAACAGCAAGGAGAAAGUCAAGAGCGCCUCGGAGAACAGCACUCCUGAGCACCAGAGCGGAGGGCUGCUCCGCAGCAAGUUUCCAAAAAACAAGCCCUCAGUGAAUAUCAUUGAAGCGUGACAGCCUGCCAUCUGAUAGAUGGACUCCAUUUCUCACUCUCACUUUUUGCCUCUGAGCCUUGAUGACUAGGGAGGUGAAAUACUGUUGGAGCAAUUUGGAAAGAGACCUAGUGAUUGUCACUUGCCGGCAUAGACCUCCUUGUCUUUGCUCUGCAAAGCAUCUGGCCAGAAAAAAAUCCUGCAAAACACCCUGAAACCCAAACAAACGAUUAAGAUGGAAAAGUGUCAUUGAGACAGCUGCUGCCUGUGAUCCUGUACUGGACUCACGAAUCACCUAGGCUGAACUGACUUCUCACACAGUCCUCUCCACCCUCACACUCCAUCUUCUGGAACAAUUUUCCUGUCUUUGCAAAUGUAUACGGUUUUAUUGUAUCUUUAUUUUGUCUCACUGUCACUACAUCUUGACAGUAUUAACAUGAGCUCAGGCAUCAGUCACUGUCACCCCUCUUCAAGCAAGAAAGAAAAGCUCAUCGCACACACGACUAGCAACCAGAUUUUGGCUGCUAUACAAUGGAACAAAGCAAGCAGGAGCGAUGUUUGUUGUGUAACAGGUCUUGCAGAUGGGUUUUUAAAACAAAAGAAGAGAGGUAUAUCCCCCUCUCCAUCCGAACUACGAGAACUUUGCCGGUUGUUCUCCAGUCAGGCUGCAGCAUGUGACUCCACUGUUGCUCUCUCUCCUGUCUUGCACUGGUGUACUUCACCUUGGAAGAGUAGGGUACUCCGAACAGAGGCACAGACCAAUGCGAUAGGACACCUGAAGCUGCUGUUUUGCUUCCAGGAUAACCAUUUCAACCAUUUUCUUCAUGGUAUUUUCAGCUGGGCCUGAGUCCACCAACAGUGUGAUAAAAGGUCCAUAAAAAUGUAGCCAGUCAGCAAAAAAAAGAAAAGAAAAAACCUCGUGAUACCGGUUGCUAUGCAAGGUCUCCAGUGGCGAUAGCUAUUUAUUGCUAAAGACUUGCCUAAAUGACCUUUUUUCUGAGGGCUUAAGUUCUUAACAAGUUGCUUCUUUUAGUAGGGUUCCCGCGGGAAGGUCUGGUUCUCCUUACACGUCCUGUCUGCACUAUUUUUUGUGACGUUGUAAUGCCAGGUAUUUGUUCAAGUCAGUCCUCCAUAAAAAGGAGGACAAACGGAAAAGGGGAUGGGGUUCUCCUCUCUCUUAACAAGUGCUGAUGUCUGUAAGCUAACAGGAUCUCUGGGACUGCUGGUGCUCUGGAAGCUGGUAGAUGCAAGUCCAUCACAUGGAAAAGAUUUAUUCUUUGUAGUGUGCCAUGGGGUAUCUGUAUGUAAUUGUACCACAAGACCACUCCAUACACACUAGGGGAUGAGGCAAGAUCCUAUUUGUUCCAUCAAAAUCAAGAUAGGUUGGCCUGAAUAGGAUUUAAAUCUCAUUAUAACAAACCUGCACUCAGAUAAGCCUGGUUUAAAAGUCAAAGCAAAGAAACAGGCUGGCAGUAGCUGAGUUCAGCUAUCUCCCCACUUCCAUAGUCACCAGCCUUUCCAAAAUAGCUGAUCUGGAAGAAAUGCAGUAGGAAGUCUGCUUGCAGAUGCAGUUUGUAAACAUGCAAGGUCUUCCUUUGCGCCAGUUCCAGAAGGCAGGCCAACCCCAAACAAAAGGCUCAUCAUUGGAUCCUUUGCCAGAAGAUAUUUCUCCAUCACCAAGAGGGAGAGGUCAACACCUCUGAUAUAGAUAGAGCAAUAAACAUUUUAUAAUGUCCAAUAAAAGACUAAAGACAUUAUCUCGUGUCCUUCUAACAUCUGAAUUUAGUACCAUUUCAUCUUCACAUGCUUUGAACAGAAUGCACCCAAUAGAAUAGGGAGACUUCAUAUUUCCCAGGGACUAUGACAAACUGUUUUCUCUGUGUCUGGAUGUAGGAAACCAGAGAAGUUCAGAGUUCACUCUGGCUGCAGGAUUUUUUUU